GACUGCCUUCGCGUACACAACAAAACACGGAAACUUUCUUCGCACCGCGCAGUCUCUCCAGUCACAGCCCUCCUUUCUUCAUUAAAAAUUACAACAUAUUUUCCAACUCGGCAGUGAAAGUGGUGAGCCUCCUUGCGUUAUCAGCCUCCGAAAGGUUCCACAAGGAGGUUACCCGUGUUGAGAUGAGUCAUCGACCUUUAGCCGGUAGCACUAUCGAGCGAUAAGCCAACCUAACGGAACGAAUCGAAGUCACAACAACCUAGUUGGCGGACACGACGCGACGAUGGAACUGCGCGAGUGGUCCCCGCUGGUGGGGCUGGUCAACCGGAUUCCGGCCACGGUGCAACGCGGGUUGCUGUUCUACGAUGUGUCCAUCACGUGCGUGGACAUGGUGGACGAGUUCCUGGCGCUGGGGACCAACGUCGGGAUCGUGUUCUGGUACAACCGGCGGAGUGAUACGGUCGAGAAGCUGCAGGGAGAGGGCUCCACCCACUUAACCUGCGUGCGCAUCAUCUCAACGGUGGAGUUUAUGGUGGCGGCCGGAUGUCGCCAGGGCAGCGUCAACAUCUUCCAGAUCCCGAAGGAGGCCCCACCGGAGGUGUGCGCGGAGCUGUUGCUCAAGAGCAAACCCACCGAACGGUACACGGUUCGGAACAUUCACCGGGGCGCGAUUACGGACUUGGUUUGGAGCAAGAACGGGAUGAAGUUGUUCUCGGGGGAUAGUUGCGGGGUGGUUGCGUUAACCGAGAUCAACUAUCAGGCGAGGACGUGCGAGUCGCGGGAGAUUGUGAACGAAAAGUACGAGGUGGUGCAGAUGUGCUUGAGGAAGGACAAGCUGCUGGUUUCGACGACCUAUCGGACGGUGAUGUGCUCGCUGGAGGAUGCGUACAAGUGGCGCGUGACGCAGGUGGGGAAGAAGGAUCGGAAGAUGUUGAGUCACUUUGGGGCGGUGUUUCACGAGUACCACAAGCAGCAGCAGGUCGUGUGUACGAGGUCCGGGUUUCGGCUGUGGGUUGCGGAUUCCGAGGGGGACGUCGCUCAAACGCUCAUCUAUAAAGAACUGAUUAAGCUUCCGACGGUUGAAGUUCCUAUCCUUAACCCGAGCAAACAUCCAAUUCGCAUUCCAACGACCUUUGGCACGCUGCACCCAUUCCAGGACCGGUUCCUCCUGUCCGUUGCAAACGACAUGUUGUUCGUACUAGAUCUAGACCAAAUGAAGGUCGUCGCAUCGCUCACGCGACUCCGCAAAAUCCUCGACAUAUCCGUGCACAAGCACGAAAUCCUCAUCCUGGAAAGUGCCCGCUCUCUACUCCGUAUUUCCACCCUUCCCGACAGCAGCCAGGCCACGAUCCUGUACAAAAACCUGGACCUCUUCACCGCCAGCGACGCCGACAGUCAGAUCGCCCCAGCCGACGAGUGUCUCGAAGUCGCGCCUCAACGAAGCACCACCUCCACCUGCGAAAACCAUGACCAAGACUCCGUGGACGGAGUCGUGCCACCGCCGGAAGACCAUCCCGCCGCAGCGCCGACGGCGGAAUCGGUCCACCUGGUGACGCACCUGAAAAAGCUUGAACUGUUCGAAACCCUGAACGAGCUCAAGUACGACGAGUCGAUUCUGUUCAAGAGUGGGCGUAAAACGAAGCGGAAGCACAAGGCGCAGAAGGUGAAUCCGAUCGUCGAGAUUGGGCAGAUGGCGAAGGAGGGUGGGGCGGAAAAUGGUGAGAAGGACCAGGAGUAGGAAGGGGGAAGGGAAGUAACGAAUGCGGAAGCUUGUUUUUGUGAUAAUUAUGGUUUUGCUUGUGCUGAAAGUUAUAGGAUGUAUGGAUAAUUACGAUGAGUUGAUACGUUCCAGUCAGUUCGGUCAGAUCGAAGAGCAUAUUGUGUGCACGCGUACGCUUGGGUUUUCACGUCAAAAAUUGUUUAAAUUUGCUGUUAUUUGUUAUUGCCUGUAUGUAGGUGCUCGAAAAGAAAAAUCAGUAAAAAUAACUAU